AUGCUUGGAUAUGACUCUGAUGGAAAGUUGAAAACUUAUUGGUUAUUGCCUGGAAAGAACAUGUCUGAUGGAUUGAGGAUCAUAGACAGAAGAAAUAUAGAUGACAUUGUUCUGAGCCCAGAAGCUGAGUUGCCAGAGGUGUUCAACCCUAGUAGACAUGAUUAUGAGUGGGAGGAUGAUGAUGAUGACCUCUUUGAGGAAAAUGUGGAUGGUGAUGUGGAAGAGGGGGAUAGGAAGAAAUUCAACCAUAAGAAGGCUGCAGGUAGUGUGUUGAAGGGCAAGAAAGUUGUGGCAGAUUUGUCAGAAGGUGACACAAGUGAUGAUGAACAACUGCACUUGCCAAGUGAUGAUGAUGAUGAUGAGUUCAACUUGAAGUUUAAGUCUUUUAAUCCUGAAGACAUUAACAACCCAAUCUUCAAAGUAGGCAUGGUAUUCUCUUCAGUUGAAUUAGUUAGAAAGGCUAUCUCUGAAUAUAGCAUGAAGAACAGGGUGGACAUAAAGAUGCCCAGGAAUGAUAGAACUAGGAUCAAGGCACAUUGUGCAGAAGGAUGCCCCUGGAACUUUUAUGCUUCAAUGGACAGCAGGGCAAAGGCCUUCAUUGUUAAGACAUAUGAGCCCCAUCACAAAUGCAAGAAGGAGUGGAUUCUAAAAAGGUGUACUGCAAAAUGGUUAGCUGAAAAGUACACUGAGUCAUUUAGGGCUGAUGGGAAGAUGACCAUUCCUAGCUUUGCAAAGACAGUACAAAAAGAGUGGAACUUGACUCCUUCAAGAAGCAAGCUUGCAAGAGCUAGGAGGCUGGCCCUAAAAGAGAUAUAUGGUGAUGAAAUAGCCCAAUACAACUUGUUGUGGGAUUAUGGCAAUGAACUAAGGAGGUCCAAUCCUGGGAGUUCUUUCUAUCUUAGGUUAGAUGAGGGCAAAUUUAGUAGCUUGUACUUCUCACUAGAUGUAUGCAAGAGAGGAUUCCUCAGUGGUUGCAGGCCAAUCAUUUGUCUGGAUGGUUGCCACAUCAAGACCAAAUUUGGAGGUCAAUUGUUGACAGCAGUUGGAAUUGAUCCCAAUGACUGCAUAUACCCCAUUGCAAUGGCUGUGGUAGAAGUUGAGUCUUUCAGCACAUGGACAUGGUUUCUUGAUACCUUGAAGACUGAACUUGGGAUAGUGAACACCUCUCCAUGGACCAUUAUGACAGACAAACAAAAGGUAACCAUUUGA